CUCUUUUUUCCUUUUUUUAUUUUAUUUUUUUUUAUAGUCAUGUCAAAACCCCAACCUGUAGCUGUAGAAACACCUAGUGAAAACCAAUCUGAAUAUGAACAGAGCCAUGUUCAUGAUGUAUAUGAAGUGAUUGCUUCUCACUUUAGUGAUACUCGUUACAAACCAUGGCCUGUAGUAGAGAACUUUUUAUUUGGUUUACCCAUUGGAAGUCUUGGUGCUGAUGUAGGUUGUGGUAAUGGAAAAUAUAUUGGUAUCAAUCCCAACGUGUUUAUCUCGGGGUCUGAUAGGAGCUCCAACCUCAUUUCUAUUGUACGUGAUCGUGGAUUAGAAGGCAUAGUAGCAGAUGGUAUGGUCUUACCGUAUCGUAAUAAUGCUUUUGACUUUGCUAUUUCCAUUGCUGUGAUUCAUCAUUUUUCUACACCUGAACGACGUAUUGCCGCUAUCGAGGAAUUGUUACGCAUUGUGAAACCAGGAGGAAAAGUACUGGUAUUUGUAUGGGCUUUGGAACAAACGAAAUUCAGUAAACGGAAUUUUCAACCAGGUGAACAAGAUGUGUUUGUACCAUGGACUCUUGCAAAGAAAAAGGAUGAACAAGAUGAUGGUGAACCACCCAAAGUGUACAAUAGAUACUAUCAUUUAUUCAAAAAGGGUGAAUUGGACAACUUGUUUGAACAGAUCAGUAAUGUAUCAAUAGAUAUCAGUGGAUAUGAUAGGGACAAUCACUAUGUUAUUGCCACUAAAAUAUAGAUUUUAUAGAAAUUCCCUCCAUUUGUGAUUUAGUGUUAUUAUUAUUAUUAUUUAUCAUCAUCAUUGUCAUUUAAUUUAUUUCAUUUCUCGUGCUCCCGUCUAUCUUCCCGAUCCAUAAAUUCAUAUAUCAUUUUGUUAUCAUCAUUUACAUUAUCUUCCAAUUAGAUUAUUUUUUUUUACGAUUUAUUACUUUGUUCUAUUACAUUGUGCAACUGAAAUAAAUAUAUUCUUUUUUUUUGUCAUCAUUCCU